AUGGUUAAGCAAAAAUACUGCCUUGGAGAAACAGACACAUGCGGUGACCUGUCAUUCUCAGCAACUUUGGGGGAUCAGCGGAGAUUUAGAUAUGAAAGCCGUUGUUGCACAAGUGAUCGAUGUAACAAAGAUGACAUAACACUAUCUCAGGAGCCUGCAAAACCCAAUGGUAUUCAGUGUAUUGCCUACUAUUCGGAGCUAGAUGCGCUUCAUAUCCCAACUUCCCUAACGUGCACAGGAGCGGAGACAAAGUGCAUUACUGUUAUUGGCACAGUAAAGGGAAGCAGUAAUCCCCUUUCCAUCGUGAUGGCUGGAAUGGGCUGUGCGACAGAGAGUGCCUGCAACCUGAAUAUGACUAUUCUCGACAGCAUAGAUGUCCACACCUUCUGCUUGAGUGGUCUCCCUGUAUUUCCACCUGGCUCAUCAGUUCCGGAUAGGCUCUGUGAACAGUGCUGUAGGGGUGUGCUCAACUCCUACACUGUUGUGGGAUGCAGUUCUGGAGAUGGUCCUGUGUUGGGGGCUGUGGCCAUCUUUGAGAGCAAAUUCAGCUGA